GGUGGCCACAAUUUCGCGCGAAGCGCGGCCGGGUUCCUACGGCGGCGGCGAGCUAGCUAGGAGGUGUUUACAGCUGCUGUCAUGGUUCGUACGCUAAACUGCAUCGCCGCUGUUUCCCAGAACAUGGGCAUCGGCAAGAACGGGGACCUGCCCUGGCCCCCGCUCAGGAACGAAUUCAAGUUUUUCCAAAGAAUGACCACAACCUCCUCAGUAGAAGGUAAACAGAACUUGGUGAUUAUGGGUAGAAAGACAUGGUUCUCUAUUCCUGAGAAGAAUCGACCUUUAAAGGAUAGAAUUAAUUUAGUUCUCAGCAGAGACCUCAAGGAACCUCCACAGGGAGCUCAUUUUCUUGCCAAAAGUUUGGAUGAUGCCUUAAAACUUAUUGAGCAACCAGAAUUAGCAAAUAAAGUGGACAUGGUUUGGAUAGUGGGAGGCAGUUCUGUUUAUAAGGAAGCCAUGAACAAACCAGGCCAUCUUAGACUAUUUGUGACAAGGAUUAUGCAGGAAUUUGAAAGUGACACAUUUUUUCCAGAAAUUGAUUUGGAGAAAUAUAAACUUCUGCCAGAAUACCCAGGUGUUCUUUCUGAUGUCCAGGAGGAAAAAGGCAUUAAGUACAAAUUUGAAGUAUAUGAGAAGAACGAUUAAUGUGAAGGUGUUUUCUGGUUUAUUUCAAGUUAGUUGUUCCCCCUCCCCUCCAAACAAUUAUAGAUUUUAAUAUUAGGAAAAAAAGACUUUUGUUGACUUUAGGUCAAUGGAUAAUUACUCUAAGCAAUGAAAUUUUAUUAAUCUUACUUAGGCUAUAGUUAAGACUAAUUUUAACUAGACCAUAUCAGAUACCAUUUGUGAAACAUUUCUGGCUAUAACUGUAUGUUGCCCAUCAAGGACCAGCACCUUCCUAGGGUAGCAUAUCUACCAAGAGCCUAAGUUAGACAAUCCCCUGAUAGCAUAAGUUGAAACCAGGACUUAGAAAGAUAGGACUAGACAGAUUGUCCAAAGGUCAGAAAUGGAUUAUAAAUAGAAGAGCUAGAACUCAGAUAUUAAGAGAAAAUUAGAUCAAAAUAGGAACUUUGAGUUCUCUAUGCAUAUCACACUUCUGAAAAAAGUUCUGUUCACUCAGACAGAGAAUCUGUAAGUUGAGAACUCUAGUAUAUUCCAUAGGCAUAAUAAAGAGGCAGGUAGGAUACUAUCUUUCUAAAGGUUAAAAGAGAAGGUCUGAGACCUCUAAAAACUCUGCAGUCUUCAGUGAGAUUCCAUGGGAUGUUACAAUGAUAGAAGAAGAAGAAGCUGGCCUAUAUAAAAAGAGAUUUAAUAACAAGUAUAUGGCUAGAACUAGAAAUUAAAAAGGUAAUGAAUUGAAAAUGGAUAAAGCUAGAAACCAAAAUUACAAAGAUGGAAAUUAAAUUAAACUUCACUGAAUUAAAAAAUGAAAAUUAAAACACAAUUUACCUGUCAUGUUAGCAAAGAUGUGGAUUGUUAAGUAUCCAAAGAAAUAGCAUUUUAUGCCUUGUAAAUUAAUCCAACCUUUUAGAAUUUAAGUAGCAAUAUCAAUUAAAAUUCAAAAUAUUCUGCAUUUGGGCCCAGAGCUUCCACUUCCAGAAAUUAAUCCUGAAUAAAGAGAUGGACCCAAGAAUAUUUGUUGCACCACUUUUUUAAAACUUGGAAAUAGCCCAAAUAACAAUAAAGAAGUAACUAACCAGUAUGGCUACAAAAUUUAAUAUUGUCUGUAGCAGUUAAAAGCAAUGAAGUGCUGACAGGAAAAUGCCAAAGACUACUAAAUAAAAGAAGCACAUUGUGUAUAGUACCUAAAAUUUUUAAUAAGUGUAUGUAGUAUGUGUUGGAAAAUGUGUGCUGUAAACUGUCGAGAGUAUCAGAGUUGGGUGUGUUAUUUUAUGCAUUAGGUCUGCCUAUUGUGAUUAGAUUUUUUUUGAAGCACUAUGUGUUUGUUUUCAUGCACAGUCACUUAAGAUAAUAAUUGAGCCAUUUAUUUUCAAGGGUCACACAAAAUUCCAAAGACUGAUUGCUAGGGAACCACCAGGCUCUCUCUGGUUUGUUCAUCUUUCAAGACAAAAAAUCAAGUCUUACUUUUUCCAGGUUGAUUUAUGAAACAGCACUGUAAAGUGAUGAUAAUUUGAGACCAAAAUGUAAAUGGUAUAACAUGCACAUGUGUUUUAAAUAUUUAGGUUAGCCCAUUUUGUUUCUGUGAGGUUGAAAUUAUGUAACAUAACCCACGUCUUAACAGACAGUGUUUCUCAAAAUGUCAUCCCCAUUAUACCUGUAUGAGGAAUGGGACCCAGAAUCUGCAGUACAGGGGCACCUGGGUGGCUCAGUCAGUUGAGCAUCGGACUCCUGAU